AUGUCCCCUCAGUAUACGAAAGUGCGUCUUCAGCGCAAAGGAUAUGACAUUGAAAUCAAUCCAAAAGAUCAAAGGGGUUACCAUUUGCGCAGUCAAUCCUAUUCACCUCUCUCUUUAACGACACUUACACAGUCUUCCACCACUCGAACUCCAAAGAUUCAGAUAGAGCCUCCAUCAUCUUCUCAAUCUCAGAGCGUUCCAAAUGUGGAACCGGGUCAUCCAAUGUUCGAUGACCUCUCGUCCACGUUUGAAGAGAGUGAUACCAUGACACCGAACGAUGGCAAUGACAAAACAAUAACCAGCCUCUCAAUGUCAGUUAAUACUUCAGAGAAGGUGAUGAAUUUGUUAGAUGUACCAGAUUUCAAAAUUGAAUCAGAAAUCUCAACACCCAGAAGGAGUGCUUAUGUAAAUCCUGGUGAUAUUAGAGUCCAUAAAAAGGCUCGGCUUUCAAUUAUAAUUCCUUCAGAAGUAAUGUCCGCUAGUAAUAAGGAGUCUCUUCCCAAAAAUCUACAAAUAUCAAGAGAUAGUGUAUCUGACGAACUCCCUAAUAGUAUGAGUAGUAGUAGCAUACCCACUCCUGCUUUGAAUGAUGAGGAUUUGUUUUCUGACCUUGGCUCCAGUGCCUGUGACGAUCAACUAACUGAUGUCUUCGAUGAACUUGACUCGGAUGGUCACAAUUCGCCAUGCCCUGAAAAUAUCGAAAAACUAAUCCAAGCCUGUGCUCAAAACACAGUGGCCUUGGCACCAUCUUGUCUCUCACCAAUAUCUGAGCGCAGUCUUCUUUCCCACAACUCAAAUGAGGGGCAGGCUGAUAAUUGUACUUUGAAUGUGUCUACUCCGAUAAGUAGUCUUUCAUCAAACUCCAGAAGGUCUACACCAGCAGGUGUAGGAAUUGGAAGUGGUGUUCGUGAUGAAGUGCCGGUGAAUAGUUUAGUUAAGAAAAGUUCGCAGCAUUCAAAUACUCCAGCUUCCAUGUCCGAAGAAUUCCAGAAGAAAUCGAACCAUUCGAGGCCGAAUUCUGGACACAGUCGUCCCACAACUUCCUUGAGCAUAAUUGACGCUAAUUUAGACCAUCCGUCUCCUACAUCAAGUAGAUGUAAUUCCCGGCAUUCAACACUGACACCAAUAUCUAAUGUAGAUCGGAAUACUUCAAAACUCGCACCCCCAAAUGUAGUCGAUCUAAUUGAGAAUCCUUCGCCCUAUAAUUUCAUUGAGUCACCACAAAUCAUUAGUCCCGUUCUAAACUCAAGAUGUAGUACACCAGAGCCACUUGAAGAAGAAAACAUUUCUUGCGAUUCGCCAAUUAGCGUUUUGACGGAGAGAAAUUCAAGUCGUUCAAUUCAUUCCCUCGUGUCUGAGGCAAAACGGAAAUUGGCAUUUCAUUCUAGAACGUCAAACCACGAGUCGUCCAAGUCCACGUUGUAUAAGAUGACCAAAUCGAGUGGUUCGAAAACACCGAGCCAAUCGCAUUGUUCCCUCGACGGUGAUGAGAAUAGAGGCUAUUCCAUACCUUCCCCUCAAGUACACAUUAAUUCAUUUCAUGGGGACAAUAGAACGCUUUCAGAAUCCCGAUUUUCUCUCACAUCGUCAAUUGGAAGUAGAAGUAGGCCAAUGCUACAUUGA